GCAACCUCUGGCGUGGGGUUGUUUGAGGAAAUGAAACUGAGUGAAGCAUGGCUGGGCGCUGGGCAGAUACUCUCAGGAAAGCCAAGAAAACUGCUUUAGUAUCUGAUGGGAAAAGGAAAGUUCACUAUCUGUUCGAGGAUGGCAGUGAGAUGGCUGAGGAGUAUGACCUGAAAACAGACGAACUUGUCUCGCGAAAGUGGCGGCAUAAAACCGCUUUUGGAGCCCAGGGACACUGGACGUUGGAAGUCGGUGAAACAAACCCAGACGGUGUCACCUCAGAUUUAAUAAAAGAGAGCAGUUCAAAUCCGUUGUUCAUGCGUAAGGACUCAAAGACCAGCUUCCAGUGGAGGAUCCGCAAUAUUUCUUACCCUGUAGAAGUUUACAGUGUGUCAGCAGAGUCGAUGGAAAGAUGUUGUGUCAUUCGAACCUCAAACAAAAAGUACUAUAAGAAGUUCAGUAUUCCAGAUCUCGACCGUUGCCAGCUGCCUUUGGAGAGCGCAGCCUUGAGUUUUACCCACGCCAACAACACUUUAAUCAUCAGCUACAAGAAGCCCAAGGAGAUUUUAACGCUGGAACAGGAGCUGCUUGGGGAACUGAAGAAACUGAAGGGGACAAGUGAAGGAGAUAUUGACUGUAAAACUCAGUGAACUGCUAUAGAUCCCGAGCCUUUGCAUUAUUGCUGUUAUUGUCUUCACAUUCUCACACUGGCAUGUUUCUGUAGCCUCGUGUGUCCAAGCAGCUCACUUUCACUUUUUUUUUUGGUCGAUGUAAAAUUUCAAAUGUCGUGCUUAUUAAUGUUACUACCGCACAAUUUUUGUUUUUGUCUUAAAUAAUACAUUGAAAUAAAUAUAAUAAUUUUUUAUUAUUAUUACUAUUAUUAUUAACAUUAUUAUGAGAAGUUUUCUUUAGUCCAGCUAUCUCCACGCUAUAGCUAAACAUAGACUUAAAAAAUAGCAGAUGCAUAGGAAAAACAAUAAAAUGAAAAAAUUCAUAAUCUUAAAAAAAAAAAUUUAAACGAAAAGAAAAGAGAAAAAUAUAUCAAUAAAAUGAUGCAGAACAAUCCUUAGCAUGCAGCAAAUGUACAGCUAAAGACAGUUAAUUGAAGCACAUCUAACAGUAGUACAUUUGCAUUAUUAUUAAAAAUUCAUCAUCAGAUUUCUAUUACAUGAAGGUCACUAACCAUGAGCCUCAAUAUUACUACCAUCUCGAAAUCACUUGAAGUGCAUUGUGGGAAAAUUCAACAUUUUCUUCAUUUGGGUUCCUUGACUUUAUCUGUAUUCACCUCAUGUUUAUGUAAGACGUUUGGCAUGGAACACAGUGCUGUUGUGUGUGUUUCUACUGUAACUAGUGUACUACAAACACAAACUCUUUGUUGGUUUAAGGCAAAGACAACAAUACCAUGUGAAUGUACUGUU